AUGUCGUCACAGCGCCACCGCGCCGCGGCCACGCCCGCCAGCAGCGUAGACGCGCCCGCCCAACUCGAAGCAGCCGCCACGGCGCCAGCGGCGCACGCUGCUUCUGCAACGAGCAGCGGCGGCGGCGCGGCGCGGCGGCGGCAGCGGCAGCGGCAGCGCCAGGGCGAGCAGCAGCAGGAAGAGGGGCAGGAGGGGCCCGACCACCGCUCCACCAACUACAGGCCCUGGACUUCCGAG